UCAAAACUUAGAAAAGGAUGAAAAAGAAAAUAAUCAGGAAGUCAAUGGGUCAUUAAAGAGAUAACAAAAAGAUAAGAGGCGAAAACGGACAACAAAAAGCAUAAUUACAGGGGCUUCCGAAAAAAAUUCCCAUGAUCUUGUCCACGUUCCCACAUUCGAAAAAAUCGACCGUUGGGGCCCGUUCCCUGACAACCAACGGUUACCAUUCAAAACCUUAAAAGCUAACUCCCUCUCUCUCCUUCAAAACAUGACAAACAACGGAAAACAAAGACAACUCCCCCAAGAAAAAAUGGGUUGUGUUUCUUCAAAACUCAUCAAGAGAGAGAUCAAACGAGAAAUUCUUCUCAACAAUGGCGGCGACUACAUCAACCACGUGGUUUCUCUCAAGUCAAGCACUUAUGGGGUCCUUAAUCUCGACAUUGAACUUCAACAACAAGAAGAAGCAGUUGAAGUUCCAGGGACAAAGACAGUUCAGAGAUCGCCUCCUCGCGAAGAGCCAGAGGUAAUCAAUGCCUGGGAACUCAUGGAAGAUCUUGAAGAAGAUGGUUAUAUUAAAAGAAGCCCGAAUUCGAGUGUUUUUGUUAAAGGGGUUGGUGAAAAAGAUGUGAGAAGUCCAUUGAAGUUCUUGAAUAAGAUUGGUUCUCCAUUGAAAGUGAAGAAGUUUGGUGGGAAAGAGAACAAGGGAAGAGUUAAUGGGGCUGGUUAUGGGAAUGGGAAGUCUGAUUUUAGCCCGAAAUCAAUAUUGAGAGUGAACAGUUCUGCGGAUGGUUCGUGUAAGGCAGUGUUGAAGCUGAGUUAUCCGGUGAAAAGUACAAGAAGUGAGGUCUUUGAAGGUGGUGAUUCGGGAUUUUCAUCUCGGAGGAGGAGUUUUAGUCCCUUAUUUGAUCCAGAGCUUGUUGCUUUGUACGAGAAAGAGUUGUCCGAAGAAGAGGAACAAAUCAAGAGGAUAAUUUCAUCAGGACCCGAAAUCCGAAAAUCCAAGAAAUUUCAGGAUUCAAAGGGUAUUCUUCAAGUUUUCGAGCAAAAAUGUCCUGCUGGUAGAGAAAAUGCAGUUGUGAUUUACACUACAACAUUGAGAGGGAUUAGGAAGACUUUUGAGGAAUGUAACACUGUGAGAUCCAUCAUCGAAUCCUACCAUGUCCAAAUGUUUGAGCAUGACAUAUCAAUGGAUUCAGGGUUUAAGGAAGAGUUAAGGAAGCUAACGGGCACAAAAGAGGUGAAAGUUCCACUAGUAUUUGUUAAAGGAAGGUUGAUUGGGGGAGUUGAAGAGAUUGUGAAGCUAGAAGAGGAAGGGAAACUGGAAAUCUUGUUUGAUGGGAUUCCUAGGGCGAUUCCCGGAUGCGAAGGAUGUGCUGGGGUGAGAUUUGUGAUGUGUACGGAAUGUAAUGGUAGCUGCAAAGUUUUAGAUGGGGAACAGAAGAAGAUGAGGUGUGGUGAGUGCAAUGAAAAUGGAUUGAUACGAUGUCCUAUUUGUUGUUCAUAUAGUUGAAUUAUAACCCUCUUGGAUUCAUCCAGGAAUUGGGAUUUCCACUAGGUAUGGUAUUUAUCUAUUGUCAAGCUGUAACAAUGAUUUCUUGAAGAGUUUUCCUUUUUCUCAUUUUGGGAAGUCUAAAGUGGGUUUGGGCUUCUGUUUGCUGAUGUUUCGAUUGCCACAUUGUAAACAUUGGUCGUUUGAUUUAUUAAUCCCUGCUUAUAUUUUAACAAAUAUGUCUACUCCAAUGAUUGAUAUGGCAUAUUGUCAUUACAUAUCCAUUUGAGC